AUGGCGGGCCUACUUCGGGUUUUCUCUAGUUGCCAAGUGGAGGGCAGGGCGGCGGCUGUGGCUUUCACCAUCGCAGGGUAUCCCACUAAGGAUGCUACCAUUGAAAUCCUCCUAGCCAUGCAACGGGGAGGUAUCAAUAUCGUGGAGCUAGGGAUACCCUGUACUGAUCCCAUUGGGGAUGGCCCCAUCAUUCAAGACGCCCACGCCGUUUCCUUACGAAACGGGUCCAACUUUCAGACGGUGCUGAACCUUGUUGAACGCGCUCGAGCGCGAGGUCUUUUGAUUCCGGUUGUAAUCAUGGGCUACUGCAAUGCGGUCUUACAGUAUGGGCUUGAGAGAGCAACUGAAGAAGCAGCUAAGGUCGGGGUUGACGGGUUUCUUCUGGCUGAUCUGCCAGUGACUGAGUCGGUCUAUUUUCGUAGACUUUGCAAAGAGGCAGGGCUGUCGUAUAUACCUGUCGUUUCACCAACCAUGAAGGACGCACGGAUCGAGCUGCUCUGCCAAGCUGCAGACACCUAUCUCUAUGUGCUCUCGAGAAUGGGCGUUACCGGGUCAGCUGGCGAAGGCGCAUCGUCAUCAAACUUGUUUCUUGCUCAAUUCUUGCAGAGGUUACGCCACUUCUGUGGGAACAAGCCGUUCGCCCUAGGUCUUGGAGUCAGCACUAGGGAGCAGUUCCUCAGCAUGCAAGAGUUUGCCCCAGGUGUGGUGGUUGGAACUCAGAUUGUCAAGACGAUCAACGGGACUCCAUGGAACGGGGAGCUCGCUGAAGCCAUCGAAAGCUAUUGCAUGUAUCUGACAGGGCGAUCCAAGACUGUAUCUUCAGUGCAGCUAUCCCUCCAUUGCCCUACUGUCGAUUUAUCUGCAGAUAUUCCUUGUCUGCCUCAGAAGACAAUCCUCCCAUCGUACUUCGGGCCAUACGGAGGGCAAUAUGUACCAGAGCUACUGUUAGACUCUUUGGAGGAUCUCGAGCGUUGUUUUAUCGAUGCCCAAGCUGACUCUGAUUUCUGGAAACAGUACCAAGGCCAUUGGACAGAUAUGCUCAGUCGAUUCGAGGGCCCUCUUCAGGUCGAAGUUGAAUGUGCUACCAUCGAGCCGAGGGCCACUCUCUGGCUAAAACAGAAGGACUCACACGCUGCAGGAAAAUACCGAACCUACAGCACUCUCGGCCAGAUUCUCCUCGCCUGCCGGUUGGGCAAAAAGCGCAUCCUGACAGAGACCACAGCCGAGGGUGACGCACUGGUAACAGCCACCCUGUGCGCGAGGCUGGGGCUUCACUGUGUUCUCUUCAUGGGAGCUCGAGACCUCAAACGGUUUCCAGGGUUAUCUGCGCGUGUUGAUGAGCUUGGAGGAAAGUUGAUUUCCGCUGAUUCCGGCGGACAGGGGGUGCGUGAUGCUAUCAACACUGCACUUCAGGCGUGGAUAGCGGACUUGCACGAUAGCCAUUAUGUCCCUAGCUUUGCCAUCGGGCCACAUCCGUUCCCUACAAUUGUCCGCAUAUUCCAGGCCCUUAUUGGGAACGAAGUGCGCGAAGAGACAAUUUCUCUGAUUGGGAAGCCCCCGGAUGCCGUGAUAGUGAGUGCGGUGGCAGGAGAUGCGGCCGUCGCGCUGUUACCAGGUUUCUUGGAUAUCGCAGGCCUUGAUAUAGUCCUGGUGGACCCCUCAGAGAAAAUCAUGACAAUGUCUCCGGGUGUUUUCCAUGGGUCGUGGACGGAGGUUCAGCAGGACAAGCAUGGACAGGUCUCAGGCGAGGGUGAUCCACAAUUUUAUGGGUAUCAGAGUUACCCAGCACUGGAGCCAGAGCUAAGUCACUGGGUAAAUAUUGGGAAAGCUAGGGUCCGUUCCUGUGAUAAGGGGUCAGAUUCAUCUCCCUGUAGUCCUCCAUUGGUGGGUAAUCGGGUGGUGCAUAUAGCAAGAGAGGUUGCGAGUCAGUUACAGCGAGAUCAGAACGUUCUUGUCAUUGUCUCGUGA